AUGGGAGAUUCUAUCGGACCAUCUACCGAGGAAUGUGCUGCGACUCUUGGUCCCUGCCUCAAGUUUGGCGACCAACAUUUCUGGUUGGCCAAUCUCCAUGUGUUUAUCAAACUGAAAAGGGGGGAAACAAAUGCUCAACAACACGUCCUUCAUCCAGGGUUGCUGGACAAACAUGCAUGCGGGCACCUGACUGGAAAGGGUCAUGUGCGAUUUGGAACGUUAUAUGCUUUCUCGGCGAACGAUCUGACUACCACGCGGCCUUCAUCACACCCUUUCUGGAAAAUGUUUCCGGAAAUCCCCCAAGUAGUUACCGACUGGGUGCUGAUCGACGAUUAUGGGCACAUAGAAGAGAACGAAAUAGGGGAUCAGGAGCCGUUUCUGAAUACUCUUCGAAUGCCCGGGCCUGGAAGAGGUGACCCAUAUGUCACUGUCGUAAAUCACAGCCCAGUGUUACCAGAGGCCAAGGUUCAUACAACUGGCCGAACAAGUGGCCGUCGAUCUGGCCAGAUCUGCGAAAUACCAGCAUAUCUCGAUGCAGAUGCCUCGAGGAGAUCAACCAAGCCUACGCGAGAAUGUGGAAUCGGAGUCCCAGGAGAUUCAGGUGCUCCCGUCAUCGAUUCCGAUACCAAUUUCCUGUAUGGCCAAAUAUGGGGGCGAAAUAAAUAUUGGGGUCCGGGUCCAAGAGUUGCUUAUUUCACGGCGAUUUCUGAUAUCUCAGAGGAUAUCAAAGAGAAAUGUCCUCAGUUGACAAGCACUUUGGAGCUUCCGCAGCGCUGUAAUCGAGAAAGAUCCCUUGCUUCGGAGCUUUAUUGCCCCGAAUGCGCUCAUCCUGUAGAGAAUCCCACACUACAUUCAAGCGGAGACGGGUCCGACGAAAUGAGUAUGAUGUCUGUUUCCUCCCCUAGUGAAUUCAACAGUCUCUUUGAUGAUCCCUCGGAUAUCAACCCACUGGAACACAACUCGACAGAUGGAAAUCCUCCAGAUUUACAGGAUUCGGAUAUGAUUUCGUCAGAUAGCGAUGAGCGUAUGAGUACAAACUCCAGGGAUGCUCAAGUGUCGUUUUCACCGAUGAACCAACAGGCAUUUGGCGAAGAGAUAGACCAGUCUUAUGUCGUACCAAAUGACCAAUUUGCGCUUGGGAUGGACCAAUUUCAUGACGACUCGGACUACGAAUUUACUGUCAAUGGCCGCCCACUUUCGAUUCUUGAAGACGAUAGCGAGGAAGAUGAUAUAGCGCGGUCCUCGGCGUAUAAGAAGACACUGCACUAUAGCGUUCCAUAUAACAAGGUUCCCAGCUCCUGGGUCAUGGUUCACUCGAAGCCCAAAGCCACUACCAAAAGGCUAUCGAAAGUGGCCUCAAAGGCGAUGACGCAGCCAAGGAAGGAAACACGCUCGCUACUGCACUCAUUUUUGAAGACUACCGAGUUCUUCCAAGGCCUCGCUCUUACUUGA